AGACUGUGUGCGCGCACGCUCACAAACACUCAGAGCUUAGAAACUACAGCAGCAGCAGCAGCGGCGGGGCCACCGCAGAAGUGAAAGAGGAAGCGGGACUAACGCUAGAGAGUUCCUCGGCAGAAUGUGAGACGGAGCGCGGGGGCAGGAAGACUCUUGGAGAGAGUGUGUGUGUGUGAGCUCGUGCGCUCCUGCGUAUUCACAGCUAUAACAACAACAACAUGGCGAGGCUGAGCGAGCACGGGAUCCGCCUGAGCUCCAUGAGCCCGUCCUACCUGGACAGCAACUCCACCAGUCACACGUGGCCCUUCAGCGCGGUGGCUGAACUUGUAGAUAACGCGUCUGAUCCAGGAGUAACAGCAAAGCAGAUCUGGAUUGAUGUGGCAAAUGUAAAAGGCCAUCACUGUCUCAGCUUUACAGAUAAUGGCAGUGGGAUGACGCCCAACAAGCUGCAUAAAAUGCUCAGUUUUGGUUUCACAGAGAAAGGAUCAGGAAAGGGCUCACACCAAGCCAUAGGGGUUUACGGUAAUGGCUUCAAGUCAGGAUCAAUGCGUUUGGGGCGCGAUGCUCUGAUCUUUACAAAGAACGGAGGGUGUCAGAGUGUGGGCAUGCUCUCACAGACGUUCCUUCAGGCCAUCAAAGCUCAGGCUGUGAUAGUGCCCAUCACUCCCUUCAACCAACAGACCAAGUCUUUAAUAAUAACAGAGGAUUCUGAGGCGAGUCUGAGAGCCAUACUCACUCACUCUAUUUUCAAGUCAGUGUUUGAGCUGCAGGAGCAACUGGAUUCAAUUCCAGGCAAGAAGGGCACCAAGAUCCUCAUCUGGAACAUACGCAGGAACAAGGAUGGAAAGCCUGAGUUUGACUUUGAUACAGACACAGAGGACAUUCGCCUGCCAGAGAUUCACUCUGAGGAGAUGGAGGGAGUAAAGAGCAAGAAGAGUUACUUCGGCCCUCGCAGAACCGAACACAUCGUCCCUGAAAUGGACUAUUCUCUGAGGGCGUAUCUCAGUAUUCUGUAUCUGAAGCCCAGGAUCCAGAUAGUCCUCAGACAGAAGAAAGUUCAGACCAAACUAGUGGCCAAAAGUCUUUCCAUGAUUGAGAAUGAUGUUUACAAACCACAGUUCAUCAAUGAGCGAGUAAAGAUUACCUUUGGCUUCAACCAAAAAAAUAAAGAUCAUUAUGGCAUCAUGAUGUACCACAACAACAGACUCAUAAAGUCCUAUGAGAAAGUUGGCUGCCAGAUCAAGUCUUCAGGGCAAAGGUCAGGAGUCGGGGUUAUUGGAGUCAUUGAGUGUAACUUCCUCAAACCAGCCCACAACAAGCAGGACUUUGAAUACACCAAAGAGUACAGACUUACUAUUGCAGCUCUAGGGCUUAAACUCAACGACUACUGGCGUGAGAAAAAGGAAAAAAAAGCUAAAGAGAGAGCUUUCCAAGCUUUAGAGAAGAACAGUGUGCAGGGGAGUAAGAGAGAAAAAGAAGAGGAUGACGAUGAGGAAGAGGAAGAGGAGGAAGAAGUGGAUGUGUCGUGGAUUCAGUGUGAGGAGUGUAUGAAGUGGAGGGGUAUUCCCACUCAUCUGUUCAAAGGAAAACUUCCUGAGCGCUUCACCUGUAGCCAACAUCCCAACUCUCACCUCAGGAGCUGCUUAGUACCAGAGGAACCUGAGGAGACGGAGGAGGAGCUGACACCUAGCUAUGAGAAAACACACAAAAAACAGGAACAGGCACCUGCUAAACGAAGAGGAAGAUCUGUGGAGGGCAAUAAAGACAGAGCUCCUACUCAGGGAAGAAGGGCAUCAGAGCCCCCUUCAGAUACCAGAGAGGAUGAAGCCUUGGUGGACAAGACAGAGUCCCAGAACAAGGACAGAAAAUCCUCAACUGAGCCAACACACUCCAAAGGGAACAAAAGGAAAGCAACAUGGUCCACCAGUGAAGCAAACACCAAGUCCCCGAAACACACUGAGACCAUAGAUCUGUCUGGAGAAGAAGAAGAAAAAAAUACAGUACCAACAACUACAACAACCGAGAAAACUUCAGAAACUGAUGAUACAAACAGCAAAACUACCCAGACCCCAAAUACAAUGUCCCAAGAGGACAAAACACAAACUUCUACAGAGUCUCCUGCUGCAGACUCAACCCAGAACCCUCCAGAACAGCAGGCCUCACAGGACCCCCAACCUAAAGAGCCACCCAGGAUAACAUCUGGCUCACUGGUCUGGCCCCCCUCUCUCAACCCUCAGUCUUCCAUGGCCUGGUCCCAUCCCCUUCCACCGGCUCAGACCGUUGUGGUGCCUCCGCUCAGCCGCACCACCCGCCAGUCUGUCUCUCCGUUAACUGUGGAAGGCCUGGACCGGCCUGCACUUACACAAAGACUGGCUCAGCUGGAACGGGAGGCCAAGCGGCUCAGGAAGACCCUCGGCCUUCAGGAGCCGGCUGUGGAAGCGGCUGUGUUAGUGGAAGGGGAGGUGUCCGGACUGGCUGGAGAGGGUGUGGCAGUGCCAUCUGUUCAGAACAAAGAGUCUAAUGCAGAAAACCAAACCAAGGCAACAUCUUCUACAGCAGCCAAGACAACAAGGCCUCAGUCAGAAACACAAAGCUCAUUACAGAAAAACAGCAGUCCUUCAGGCCAGCAGGAAGCACCAACGAGUCCCACAGAUGAGCUGCACUGGAGUAAAGCAUUAGCUCAACUGCAGAGCCAAAAUCAGGCUCUCUUUACAGAGGUGAAUAAACUGAAAAGAGAGAGAGAGCAGCUCCUGAGCAAACCGAGACAAGCAGAAAGAGAGACACGGGAUAAGAGAGACCAAGGAACGAGCACACCCUCCAAUGCUAACGAUAGUAUUGCUCUGGAUCGUUUACGUGCUAUCCGUCGGAAUGUUGUGUCUCUCCUCUCCUCCAUCCUGCCUAAUUUGGACAUGCAUGGUAUCAGCUAUGACACGGGAGAUGUGGAUAGCAUCCUGCAGCAGAUCAUCCAGGCUAACAACUUGUGAUUUCAUUGAUCACAGUGCUUAAUAACUCAGCAGCAUAAGCAAGAAGCACAAAAGCCAAAAGACUCAAUACAGUGCCUUUAAAAAAAGUGCAUUUAAUCUUGUUACAUAGCAUCUAAGUAAGGCUUAUACGAUCUUUUGUAUUAUUAUGCUUAAAAAUAGGGCUUUCUUUAGGCAGUCUAGUGAGUUACAGAGAGUGCUUCAAGUUAUAAUCACACUGAGUGUGUUUAUUUGCACUUACUAAUUCGAUAACCUCAGAAAAUCACAUUUUGCAUUUCAUCUACAUUACAUUACAUUACAUUCAUUACAUUACAUUACAUUUGGCAGAUGCUUUUAUCCAAAGCAACUUACAAUAGUGAAGUACAAAAGUAAUAGAAGUUAAAGGAAAAAACAUCUUUAGAUAGGGCCUAAAGGAGGUUAAAAGGGAAAUAAUAGGAUAGAUGAGUGAAAGAGGGGAAGAAGGAAAUGAGGUUAGAAGUAGUUAAUUUGUUAGAGUUGUUAGGAGAGUAAGUGCUGUUUGAAGAGCUCUGUCUUCAGGAGUUUCUUAAAGAUAGGGAGAGAUUCUCCUGAUCUGGUAGUGUGUUCCAUGCAUCUGGGUAAUCAGGUAAAUCGGGGAAAAAUCAUAGUUUUAACAUAGAUCAGAAAAUAAACUAAUUUCUUUUUUGCAACCAAAAAUCAGGUUAAUUUGAUAUAAAGAUUCGUAUAGCCAGUUUAACCUGGUAUAUUGCACAGAUUAUUAGAACAGCUGUAAACUUCCCAUUUCUCCGUGAUAAACUGUACAGAAAUAUGCACGAGUCCAGAAAACAGAAUAUACUUCUGGGAUUUACUUUCAUGCUCCCAUCCCCAAACAGCUCUGACCAAUGAACAGAGAGAGUGUUCUCACAUGUUUUGUUGUGAUGCAUUAUGGUGAUCUUGGAUUUUUCCCUCUGAGAAAACAAACCAAACCUCCUCUAUUAAUUGCAUUAAACCAAAGCAAACUAAUUGUAGGUGUGAAAAUCUCUGUAAGAAAUCUAAGUUUGCCUGUUUGAAUAAUCAAAUAUCUGCAGAAAGUCAAUUAUAAUCUAAUUAUUAAGUUUAAAUGAACACACUCAAAGUUGUUUGUUCUACAUUUAUUUUGACCAUUCCGUUUUUGACAGUUACCUUUACUUUGUAAUGUUGUGUUUCUGCAUAUUGAUCUCAAGGGAUUUUGCAGCAAUAAAGUAAACAAGUUUGAGUACUUUUACAAAAUGUAAAACACAAAGUACUGAUAAGAACUUCAACAAUUUUUCCAAACACAGAUAAAAAGUAAGUAUGAGA